UUUGGAUCGUCAGCAGCAACAACAACAAAACGACAACAAUAACAUUUUGUGAUCUUUUUUAUAAUAUCGUGUCUUUAAAAAUAUCAGCGAAAAAAAAGUUAGACUGAAUCAAUCAAUCAAAAAUGGAAUGGUUAUUCGGUAAACGUAAGACGCCCGAAGAAAUGAUGCGUCAAAAUCAACGUGCCCUUAACAAAGCGAUGCGUGAUCUUGAUCGUGAACGCAGUAAAAUGGAAAUGCAAGAAAAAAAAUUAAUAUCGGAUAUUAAAAAAAUGGCUAAAGAUAAUCAAAUGGAUGCCGUAAAAAUUAUGGCCAAAGAUUUAGUUCGUACCAGACGUUAUGUAAAAAAAUUCAUUAUGAUGCGUGCAAAUAUACAGGCCGUAUCAUUGAAAAUACAAACAUUACGAUCACAGAAUGCAAUGGCACAAGCAAUGCGUGGCGUAACAAAAGCAAUGCAAUCAAUGAAUCGUCAAAUGAAUCUACCACAAAUUCAACGUAUUAUGCAGGAUUUUGAAAAACAAUCCGACAUGAUGGAUAUGAAAGAAGAGAUGAUGAGCGAUGUAAUCGAUGAUGUUAUUGGUGAUGAAGAAGAUGAAGAAGAAUCGGAUGCUGUUGUGUCACAGAUUCUUGAUGAAUUAGGUGUACAAUUAAAUCAAAAAUUAAGUGAUCUACCAACUGCAAAUAGCACAUUAAAUUCAGAAAAAGCUAAAAGUAAACAAGGUCCAGUAGCUAUUGGUGCCGGUGGUGUUGGCAUUGGUGGUGCUCCUGGUGGAGGAGGUGCUGGUGUUGGUGGCGGUGGUGGUGCACCAUUAGAUGAUGCUGAUGCUGAUCUACAAGCACGUUUAGAAAAUCUUCGACGUGGAUAAUCAGAUCAUCCAUGAUUCUGAUGAUGAAUAAACCAAAACAAUUUAUUGAAAAAUUUUUUUUUUUGACCCUCGUUGUUGUUGCUGUUGUUUUUAUUCUUGCUCCAAUUUCUUAAAAAGAA